CUCCGGCGGCUGGUUCAGCGCUGUCUAGUCGAGCCUGUCAACAACACUGCAACCUGAGACGGGAUAGCCAGUUGGCUAGCUAAGUAAACCAGCUAAGUUAGCUAGUCUGCUAGCCCCUAUUUCAACCAACUGUUGCCACUCGUAAUUAUCCGGUUUAGUAAACGGAAUAUUUUGUGUUUGGAAUUCUUUCGUCAAGACAAGAGACAAAACUGUUUUUCCCGUUUGGUUAUUUCACCUCCUUCCUCUUGUGAUAUGACAUCGCUGCUUGGUUAUAACAAAAACCACCAAAAACCCUCGGCCGACGGUUGACAUCUGGACAGGUCUUUUUUAAGAUCAUGGCUGCUCAGGUGGAGGUCCAGGCUACGGAGGUAGGGAGGACAGUGACAGGAGGACGACUUCACCUGAGUCCAUUGACUGACUCCAGCAAUAAGAGCCUCAUUGAGAUCUCCUCCAUGAACCAGUCUCAUAUCAUCAGUUCUGAACCCAACAAACCUGUCCCAGGUCCCAAACCACGGCUCACUCCCAAACCUUUUGCUGUAGAGAAAAACCCCACUAUAAAGCCCAUACUUGCUCCUAAGCCCCAUCCCAAGCCCCGACCAGAGUCCACCCGUCUUGCAGGAUACAAACCAGAUCUUCCAUCCAGUCCAAAACCACAGCAACCAGUUGGCACUACCAAACCCAGGCCCAUCUCAACCAACCCCAGCCGUCCUGCCCCUACGUCCUUUAUAACAUCUACCAAGUUGAAUGCAGGGCAGUCAGUCAAGCCAGUUGCCCAGCCUUUUAAACCAGCUCCUCCUCUUGAUGUUGGAGACCCCACUAAGCCCAUUCCACUUGUGCCAGCAGAGAAGCAGAAACCUGGUGCUUCAAGCUUGUCCUAUUCAAAGAGCCUUAAAAGACUCCCAGCAGCAGAGUGGUCUGGAACCACUAAAAAGGAUGAGGAGAAGGACCCGGUGUCUCCCAGUAAAGUUGGACCCUCAAUGACCAGAGCUAAGUCCAUGGGAUUUCUUGCGCAAAUAGGGCAAGAGGAGGAAAGAGAAGAAAAACCUAAACCUGCUGCUGUGCCACUGCGGCCUCAGCCUAGAGGCGGCAGGCCCAGACCUGUAUCAGCUAUUUUCCCUGGCAGCCCAGUUAAAGCAGAAUCACCAGUUUCUGCACCUAGCAGGGUUGAGAGACGGCCUCUUUCAGCAGAUCUCACAGCCAGGUUUGAAUCUAUUGGUCUUUCUCUGCACCGUAAAUCUCCCAAGGUAAACCUUAAGGAAAACACUCCAGAGGCAAAGGUGCAACCACAGAAGAGAGAGCAAGAGAAACCUCUGAGUUCAACCCCACAAAGUGCAGAUGUUGGCGCUAAAGCUGCUGUUCCAGACCAAAGCAAUAAAACCACAGAAGAAACAUCUGUGAAAGAGACUGAUGAAGAAAAGCGAGGAGCUAGGAUCAAAUCACGAAUCAGUCUUCUUCUUGAUUCAUCUUUCUCUGCUGUGGCACCUGCCCCAGGCCAAGGGUCAGAUGUCCACUCACCUGUGCAGCCACCCACUGAAACUGAACCAGCAGUGGGUGUCAAACAACUCAUCAAGCAGCUGACGGUAGACACAACGCCAACACAGAGUCCAGCUGUGAAACCAGUGCUGAAACCCCGCCCCCUGCCCCUUGACCUGACAAAAAGGUUUUCAUCUGAGAGGUCAUCAGACCUUGGCAGUGUUUCCCUCAGUGAGACAACAGAUCGCCAUGAGAUCAGCAAAGGUCCCCAAAAGAGGAUUGAGGAGUCUGUGGUCACCCCUAGUGAUAUGAAGAUGAUUAUGGAUUUGCAAGAUUCCCAGAAGCAGAUAAGAAAACCCUCCAUGCCUGAAGGGCCUGAUUUGUCAAUUGGCACUACUUCCAAAGAAAGCAAUUCAAGCAGUGAAGUGCAGACCGUUAGAGCAUCUUUGUUUGAAAAUGUCGUGGAGAAAUACAGUGUUCUAAUGGUGGAUGACAAUAAAUAUGAAAAUAAGGCUAGUGACUCACCCAGCAGCCCAUUACCUAAAAAAAUGGAUGAUGAGGGAAAACUUGUCACUGCUACUUAUAAGGAACCUCCAUCUCCAUCAAGUCCUGUGCGUGUUUUACAUGCAUUUGACACUGUUCAUUCAGUGGAAGAGAACAGGGCAGUAAGUGAGAACGUACCCCCUGCUCAGUGGGAAGAUAAGGCCAUGACCCUUCGUUCCAGACGCUCAGAAGGGAGCAAGCCAGCAGUGGAGAGAACUGAUUCAGCAGCGCAAGGAGAACCCGUAGUGACUGCGAUGCCAGAACAGCAGCCUCGGUACCUUAGAGUAGGUGCUUUGCCGAAAUGGACCACUGCAGAUGUCAGUCAGGAGGCAGGGUUGGAGAAAGGGAUGAUGAAGGGAACACAAAGGGAAGGACGAAACAAAAACAGCCAGAGAGAAGCAGAUCAGGAGGAUGUAUAUGCAUCUGAUAAACACUUGAAAAUGCUACAGGCUGAAGAACAGCUGAAACCCAGGGCAACCUACUUUGCUUUGACUGGACAAAUGCAAGAGACACCUUCUCUUGCGGAUUCAGGAACAGCUGUGGGGGACAUGACUGUUCCUUUUGAUGAUUCUUCUUCACAGUGGGGCUCCCAGGUGAAGGUUUUACCCUUGAGAAGGAAUCCAUCAUUGAAUGAAGCUUUUUCAAAGCCCUUUGAAAGUCCAGACCAAGUUGAGAAGAUAAUGAGAGGCAGAGCGACAUAUGAUGGACAGACAGCAGAGGAAAUCAUGGAAGGUGAAAAGAAACGAGAACCUGUAAAGGAGAUGGAAAGACACAAAGGACAAUUAAAAGAGCUUGACAGGGAAACACAAAGGCAACUUGAAAUGGAGAAACAAGCGCUUUUACAAUUUGUACAGAUGAAGGAAAGGGAUCUGCAGAGAGAUUUUGAAAGACAAAGACAGAGGGCUUUUGAGAAGGAGAAGCAAGAGUUUGAGGAGAAACAGCGAGCACUAGAAAUGCAGAAACAAAUAGAGCUUGAAAAACAAAAAAUCCAAGAAUAUGAGAGAGAGAAACAAAGAGAAUUGGAAAGGGAGAGACAGAGGCAACUUGAGAAAGAAAGACGCAGAGAAUUAGAAAGGCAGAAACAGCGAGAGCUGGAAAAGGAGAGACAGCGUGAACUGGAGAGGCAAAAGAAGAGGGAGGAAGAGAGGCAGAAAGAGCUGGAAAAGGAGAGACAACGUGAACUGGAGAGGCAAAAGAAGAGGGAGGAAGAGAGGCAGAGAGAGCUAGAAAAGGAGAGGCAAAAGAAGAGGGAGGAAGAGAGGCAGAAAGAGCUGGAAAAGGAGAGACAACGUGAACUGGAGAGGCAAAAGAAGAGGGAGGAAGAGAGGCAGAGAGAGCUAGAAAAGGAGAGGCAAAAGAAGAGGGAGGAAGAGAGGCAGAAAGAGCUGGAAAAGGAGAGACAACGUGAAUUGGAGAGGCAAAGGCAGAAGGAGGAAGAGAGGCAAAAAGAACUGGACAAGGAGAGGAAAUUGCUGGAAUUGCAAAGGGAAAAACAGAGAAUAGAGGAGAUGGAGAGAAUUAAAGAGCUGGAGAGGAAGCAGCUCAUAGAGUUUCAGAAAAUGAAACAGAAAGAAAAGGAGCGGCAGCAGAUCCUGGAGCUGGAGAAGCAGAGACUUAGAGAAAAGAUGGAGAGAGAGGAGGCAGAGAAAAUGAAACAGAUGGCCUUAGAACAUGAAAUGUUAAGACUCAGAGAGCUUGAGAAAGAAAGGGAAAAACAAAAGGAGAUAGAAAAGCAGAGGGAGUUGGAGCAACAGAGACAAAAGGAGAGGGAGCGUCUAAAAGAGAUUGAAAGGGAAAAGCAGAGAGAAAUGGAACAACAGAGACAAAGAGAUUUAGAAAGAGAAAGACAGAAACAAUUAGACUUAGAAAACCAGAGGUUGAAACACCAAGAGCUAGAAAAGGAAAGGCAGAGGAAGGAGGAUUUGGAGAGAAUUAAAGAGAUGGAAAGAAGGCAGCUCUUGGAAUUAGAGAGACAAAAGCAGGCAGAAAGAGAAAGACAACAAAUUUUGGAGCUGGAAAAACGCAGAUUGAGGGAGAAGAUGGAAAGGGAGGAAGCAGAAAAGAUGAGACACAUUGCCAAGCAACAGGAAGCCGAGAGACAGCGCCUGAAAGAGAAACAGAAGAAAGAGGAACAGGAGAGAGUGAGGCUGGAGACGUCAUCUCUCAGACCUAAAGUGGUGGAUCUGGACUCUGUUCUUCGCGUUGACCCAUGUUCCAAGGCUGCCUCUCAACGUGGUGACCCUUCCACACGAUGGAAGGAGCCGUCGGCAAAAGCAGAGCAGCCAUACAGACCUGGUGUCCUUGACCUAGACUCUUUCACAUCUCAGACUCAGCUUUCUCCAGCUAGAGACUUGUUUCCUGUUUCUGGUAUUCAGGGAAUAGAGGCUGUGACUGGGGCAAGAGCACAGGUGCCAUCACAGACCUCAGUAGGCUUCUCAAGCCCUGUGUGGACAAUGUCUCCACAGGAUCCAUGGGAGCUUCGGCAAGUUGAAAUGUCUGUGGACAAACCUGAGCAAACCAGGAAAAAUGCAGGCAAACCUAGCCCUGAACAGCUCCUCCUCAAGCAGGAGGAACGGCACCAGUCUGCACACAAGCGCUGGUCUGGUCUGCUUGAUGAGCCUCUUCACUUGGCUCUGAUUCCUGGGCUGGAGGCCAAAACUUAUAACUCUCCUGCAGGAGUCUCCAGCAGCUUUUCUGCAGAGCAGAUCUGGCUUCCCAGAGAGCCACAGCCUCAAGAGAGCAGGGGAGAUGCCCAGAGCCAUCGGAGAUCACAGGGAUCACAGGAGCUGAACAGGAUGCGAUCUCGCAGUGUCUCACGGCGGUCAGCCCCUUCAAGCAGCGCUAUAGAGGGAAGCCUCUCCAGGGUGAGGAGUCGUAGUGCCCACAGAGAGCAGAGUCGACACAGUUGGGUGCAGCAGAAGCCAAGUGUCAGCGGUGAAGAUGAGGGGAAGGACUCAGAGACACCAGUUCAUGAGACUGACAGCCAGUACGGGACGUGGGAGACGGGGCUCCGUACUGAUGACAGCCUGACACCUGCCACUCCCAGCUCUGAAAGUAAUCUCAGCCCUUCACCUCGGAAACCCACUCCUCCCCACACGCCUGGUGAACAUACCUCAUUGUUGGACCCUGACACUGUGGAUGCUGUCCCUUCUUCAUCCUCAUCGGAGAGCCAGCCGCUGUCCUUCCCUGAUGCUCCGACCACUCUCCUCGACACCAGUGCACUGCGCUCCAGAGCCCAACUGGGAAAGAAACGAGCCCCUCGGACACGACCCACCAGAGCUGCCCGACAGAACGCCGCCCAGGCUGCACUGGCCGACAGAGAGGAAGAAUCAGCUGAGGACUGGCUUUACCGAGACUCUACAGAAGAGAAGGCUGAGUCUAAAAACGAUGACUCAGGCUCCGCAGACCAGGCCAAAGGAGCUGAUGCCAGUCCUGCUGUGGCCUCUCAGCCUCAGAGGGUCGCUCUGUUCCCUGGGAUGGACCCCUCAGCUUUAAAAGCUCAGCUCAAGAAGAGGAGUGACUCUGACAAUCAGACGGAUGCGCCUGCCCCCUCUCCCUCCCAGAUCUCUCGCUCUCCCAAGUCACCCUUCCUUCCACGGGCAGCACGUGUACUGCCCCCACCUGGUGGAAAAGAGAAUGGCGAGGAGGACUCACCCCAGUGGCUGAAGGAGCUGAAAUCCAAGAAGCGCUUGAGUCAGUAUGAAAACGAAAGCUAAGAAAUAUUUAGGAUGCCUUAACAGAUGAAUCUAUAUGAAACAGAAGCCUUAAUGUAUGACCCAGAGUGCAGGAGUGGUGAAUCUACUGCUGCUGAUGUAUUUUCAUUUUGUUUUACGCUCUCUUCCCAUCUGGGUCAAUAAAUGUGCAUGGUGCCUUUUUUAUUGAAAUAGAAAAAAAGCAACAGGAAAAAAGUCAUCAGGCUGCUCUGCUUAUCCAUUUUAUGCUUCAGUCUGUGGAAGCUCCUCCAUACCAGAAGGGACUGGACAUGAACACUAAUACAGGGACCAGGAAAACUGAGCAAAAGGAGAAUUGUUUCCUGUCAGGCUGCACUUCAGGAAAUGGUUAAUUUGUGGGACCAUCGCACCUUUUUACGGGACGUGUUUCAUCAUGUACUGGUAAACAAUCCAGCCAGUUCUCCAAAAGAUGCAUUUAGUUUCCGUACUUGAUGUGUACGUUCAAGUUGUUCAUAUAUGUAUGUCAUCUGUCUUAGGAGGUUGUUGGAGGGAGUCACAAGCAUUGCCAUAGGAUAACAUUUCAGAGGCUAAUGAUUGUCCUUCUUGAACAUAGUGAACAAAUCCCUGCUGAUGUGAUUGUCAGUAGGGAGUGUAUAUUAUGUUAGUAACUGUAAUCAGGAGAUGUUAUAUUUGUAUCAUUGAUUUAACAAAGACAGAGCUAGUUUUGAAAAAACUAAGAUGCAUCAGUACAAUAGAGGCUCCAAAGCCUUUUACUUUGAUACACUCCACACCCUAACAGUGUCACAAUUUGCUGCAUACUGUGUAAUUUUUGUGUAAAAAUAAAUUUGUGGUUGUUAAAGAGGGAUGGGAGACUUUUGGCCAAGUGACUCUGCAUCUUCCAAUCAUGCACACUCCUUAUCAGCACAAACACGCUCUUCAGACUUUAAUGAAAUCAGCCUGUCGUCUUCUUAGCUUGAAUGAAUGUAGCUAUAAGCAUCCAUAUAAGCCAUACACUCACCUCAUACCCUUCACACUCCACAAUCAUGUCUGGAUAAUGUAUGUUUUUCUCCAACAAAUGUGCAAUUAUGCGGCUGUUUUGUCCUCAUGUGCAUGCACAAUCUUUGCUUUUGAAUCAGGCUUUGCUCAAAUCACAGGCCCAGAGUGACGGGGUGUUGGCAACACAACUGGAGUGGAAUGACAGUUUGUACAGUCCAUGUCUGAAUGAGUCGGACCACACUCACAAACCUUCACAUCGCUCCGUGUGUAUUAAAAAAUUGUACCUACUUUUUUGAGCUUGACUGUAAUCUUCCUCUUGAUGUUCGCCAUCCACCUGUUUGCUCUGCGCUUCUAUUCUAUAAAGCACUUUGUCACUUGAUGCACUACAGCACUGAUCUGCCCCCUCUUGUCGGCCAUGUCUUGUCUCCUGUAUUUGGGUGAAGUCAUUUGAAUGCUUGUGCAAUGCAACUGGAUGUGUUGCUUUGAGUCGUUGGAGUGAGUCUCCCUGGUUUCUGUGUACAUUAUGUUUUACUUUGUUAUAAAUUUGAGGGUUUAUUUUUUAUGUCUUUCUUUGUCCUUUUUUAUUUGAAAGUAAAGAUGUAUAUUGCACUGUGUUGUUCUGGCCAGUGUCUUAAAGUGAAUACAUUCUUAAUAAAAUUUACUUGACAUGA